GGCGAGCCCGGCGACCCACGUGGAGAGUGAGAAGGCUUAACACCGGCUAUCAACUAUUCUCAAGGUGGUCAUGUCCGAAGGACUCAUUUAUGCCUUCUAUGAAGGCCCGAAGUCCACAAGCCAGAAGGCUUACACUGACUCUCGUCUCGCACAACUCGCUGCGCAACGGAGAGGGGAAAAACUACCAUCAGACACAAAUCAUAUCGAGUGCAAGUGGUCGACGUCACUCGCAUCCACGGCCAAAUCCCGGGAUCGCCUCCUCGGACAUGCUGGUUUGGAAUUGGGUGACAGCAUGGAGUUUCUGACCGCGCGGACGCAGGCGUCCGUGAUCAACCCGACUUCAUCGAUUAAGUCAAUAAUGAGGAGUUCUGAUAAUGACACGUUAACAAGCACGAUUGCCGAUCACGAGCACAAGAUGCUCUGCAACCCUUUCGAACUCAGACAUGGGCGACGAUACCUCAGGGAUGUCCCAUAUCCUUUGCCGGUCGACCUUGCCGAAAUCCAACGACAGAGUUUAAGGACUAUGCUUGGGGUGCAAGUAUUUGGAUCUGUCUUAUGCAAUCCGAAGCUCGACGUUGACCCUCCCAAGAAAGUGCUUGAGAUAGGAUGUGGAAGCGGAUUCUGGAGUGCCCUUGCACAUGACCACUUCGCAUCGCGAGGUCAUGCUGUCGAGUUUGUCGGGCUUGAUAUCGCGCCGUUGGCGUCCAAUCUCAAGCGACAGGGCGUGAAUUGGAAAUUUGUACAGCAUGAUCUUCGAAGGGUACCUCUGCCGUUUGAUGACGGCGAGUUCGAUCUGAUCAUGCUCAAAGACCUCAGCCUCUUAAUACCUGUCGUCGGACAACAGCACGACAAGACUUUGACCGAAUGCAUCCGAAUCUGCAGACCUGGAGGCACUCUAGAAUGCUGGGAUUCCGACCACGUUAUCCGCUCCCUCCUUCCAAAUCCACCACCGCAGCCGUCGAGAAAUCUUCGCGAGCAAGAGGCGGCUGAAGAGACGGCAACUUUCGCUAUACAACCAGGCCAUCCAUUUGCGCCUGCACAGAACAACUACCUGCAAGAUGCCAAUAUAUGGAUAGCAGAGGCUCUAGAUCGGAGGAAGCUGCAUCCCACACCGUGUGUCAGGAUCGCAGAAAUGCUGACGAUGGAGCCAGACCUCGAAGACCUCGGUUUUCGUCGCGUCGCAAUACCUUUGGGAGAGCUGCGGUGGGAGAAGGAUGCGCCAAAGGCUAAGCGGAUCAUCAAAGGACAUGACUCGCCAAUGUCGGUCGGGUCACGGAGGGCGCCUUCUCAUACGCAAUUUCUGACGCCGGAGCAGGCUGCGCUGAGACAGACGGCUCUCUUGACUGUGGUGCAGAUGAUUGAGAGCUUUGAGCCAAUGCUGAAGGAAGCCAGUGGGAAGAGUUCCGAGGAAUGGUCGCUCUGGUGGGGGUCUAUGAUGACAGAAUUGUUGGAUCCUACCGAGACAGCUUUGACCGGCGAGUGUUUGGAGUUGGGUGCUUGGUGGGCGACGAAGUCAUUGACAUCUGACGAAGACGAUUUGUGAUGAAUUUGUGAUGUUCAUGUCGUUUCGUAGCGUUGUUUCAAGGCCCGAUACCGCUUGAGGUAGUAUCUGGGAAGCAUGGCGUCAAAACGGGAUAUUCUUGGAGGAAAGAGAUACCUUCUGGAUCCAAGCCAGACUUGCGGAAAGAGAGGAGUACUUACAGUGCUUCGAUCUCUGUAUACUUAGAUGUUAGUAGAUAUUAUUAUUUGGCAGAUGGCUUUGCUAGGG